ACCACCACGCCACUAAUUUAUUAAAAAGUCUUGUCAAGCGGUCCGGAAUUAAUACGAGAAACAGGGAGCUCGAGUUCACGAAACCUUCACCCCUCGGGGUUCUGGCUCCUAGCACAGCGCUUUCCGGUAUCUCAUGGUGCCUCUCUAGAACGAUAUAAGGAUCUCGUUUGCAAGUCAAAGGCCUCAAGACCGUGGCCGACCUUGAACUUUCCUAUCGUCUUCUUCGCACGUUUAAUCGAUAAACAGUACCAUCCAUCGCCGGUCGAUGGCCUAGUUUCCUAUCAAAAUUUCCAUUUCCGCUCUUGUUUGCUGCGUCGACGCAUUUCGGCGCCGCAAGCUCGUCGCCAUGGGCCGCUAUCCGUUGAAAUCCUACUUUGCUCCCUCAAAGCUGUUCUUCUAUUUUUGGUUUUGGGGCCUACAUUUCGCUGUCUUUGGGAUCGGAUGGAACUAUCAGGCAACGAGCAAGCCGUUGGCACCUCUGAAUGCGCUUUCUUAUUCAGUAUACAUUUCUCGAGGUUCUGGACUGGUAUUGACUUUUGACGGGACGCUCAUAUUGCUGCCCAUGUGCAGAAAUAUCAUGAAAUUUCUACGACCGAAGUUAAGAUGGCUACCUCUUGACGAAACGAUAUGGUUUCAUCGCCAGGUGGCGUAUGCAAUCCUGGUGUUUACAAUUCUCCAUGUUGCAGGCCACUAUGUCAAUUUCUACCAUGUCGAACUGAAGCAGCUGCGCCCUGAAUCCGCUUUACAGAUACAUUAUACGCAACCCGGUGGAGUAACCGGACAUGUGAUGCUUUUUUGCAUGAUGCUCAUGUAUACAACUUCACACCAUCGGAUUCGCCAGCAGUCGUUUGAGACCUUCUGGUACACACAUCAUUUGUUUAUCCCAUUUCUGUUGGCGCUCUAUACCCAUGCUACGGGCUGUUUUGUCCGAGACAGCACAGAACCAUACUCACCGCUUGCUGGGGAGCGUUUCUGGAAUCAUUGUAUAGGUUAUCAAGGAUGGCGGUGGGAGCUCGCGGCCGGGGGUCUCUACUUGUGCGAACGUCUUUGGCGCGAGAUUCGUGCAUUGCGUGAAACAGAAAUCGUUAAAGUGAUUCGUCACCCAUACGAUGCCAUGGAAAUCCAAUUCCGCAAGCCAAGCUUCAAAUACAAGGCCGGACAAUGGCUUUUCAUCCAAGUCCCCGAAGUGUCAAACGCUCAAUGGCAUCCCUUCACCAUUACCUCCUGUCCCUUUGACGAAUACAUCAGCAUCCACGUACGUCAAGUCGGUGAUUUCACGCGUGCACUCGGUGACGCCCUGGGGUGUGGUCCUGCACAAGCAAGGGACUUGGAAGGACUCGACCCUAUGGGAAUGUACGAAGUCGCACUUGAAAACGGACAGCAGAUGCCAAAGCUCCGAGUUGACGGACCUUACGGUGCUCCGGCCGAAGAUGUUUUCGAAAACGAAAUCGCUGUCCUAAUCGGAACUGGUAUUGGUGUGACGCCUUGGGCCUCCAUCCUCAAAAACAUUUGGCAUCAGCGCGCCAGUCCCAACCCUCCCAGACGACUUCGCCGUGUCGAGUUUAUCUGGGUCUGCAAAGAUACGACCUCCUUUGAGUGGUUCCAAGCCCUCCUAUCAUCUCUAGAAGCUCAAUCUGCAACCGACGCCGCUUAUGCAGGGAUAACAGAGUUCCUGCGCAUCCACAUCUACCUCACACAACGUCUAGACCAAGACGAAACCGCCAAUAUCUACCUCAACUCCGUCGGCCGAGACCUCGACCCCUUGACUGAACUCAAGAGCAGAACCAACUUCGGCCGCCCCGACUUUAAGCGUCUCUUUACGGCCAUGCGGGAUGGACUGCAGGACCAGUCCUACCUAAGAGGACUAAAUACGCAGUCGAAGACCCGUAUCGGUGUUUACUUUUGCGGACCUAAUCUUGCUGCAAGGCAGAUUAAAGCCGCGGCAAAAUCUGCGUCUACAAGCGCAGUCAGGUUUAAGUUCUGGAAAGAACACUUCUGAUGUCUUUCUGCUUACGCCCUCCGCCUCUUUCUUUUUGUUUUUCCCUUUGAUUUUAAGAGCCUUAUUAUACAUCUUUUGGAAAGCACCAGGUACCUGUUCUAUAUAUCUUUGAUAUCCCCUGAUGAAGUCACGACCUGAUUGAAGCAUAUCGUUUGGAUUUUGCCUGUGCAUCUCUGUACUUGUUCCGUG